CUCGCCAAUCCACCAGGUGUCUAAUCCACGAAUAAUUCCAUCCGCGACAGCGCGAUGCUCUCCAGACGCAAGGAUCCGCGCAACAUCAAGGAGGGUGUCGUUGGCAAGUACGUUAAGAAGGACACCCCGCCUGGAAUCUCCAUUAUAAACGUCUGGACGACUGAGCCGAAAAAGCGGACGAGUGGUCUAAACAGGUCAUCAUUGCCUCCUCAAGGUGGUGCAUCUACUUCUGCAUCAACAUCCAACUGGCAUACUGCUGGUGCAGCUGGUACAACUGUUCAAAAGUUUGGUAACCAGAAGACUACCAUUAGUGAUGUUGGUCUGGGGGCACAUGAGGGUAAAUACACACCUUCCAUUCCAUCUCUUACCACACCAGACAAUCCUCAAUCAGCUAGGAGUUCUACAACUUCAAUUGUGCAAAAGUUUGGUAAUCAAAAGACCACCAUCAGUGAUGUUGGCCUUGGGGCACAUGAAGGAAAGUACACUCCAUCAUCAUCUGCAUCAAAUUUAUCUCCAAGACUUACUAAUCUGUCCAUAAAUGAUGUGAAUCAAAGUUUAGUUACAAUCAACUCUCAACCGCCGCCUCCACCGCAGCCGAUUUACGUGAAUCAAAUCGGCAGUUCGUAUAUUGACAAUUCUUCGGCGAGUAACGCCAACUACGUCGAGAUUGAUCAGAUUUAUCCACUCACAGAGAAUUACGAAUCGAAUUACCGCACGCAUUCCCCGAUUUAUCAGAAUACCGGCGAGAACGCUGCUCAUGCGCAUGGUCACUUGGACACCACGCCGAUCUAUAGCAAUACAAGCGAUAGGUUUCGGCAGACUCAGGGUAUGACUUACGGUGAGAGUCUUGCGCAUCAUUUGCGGCAUAGUAUUGAGCGCACUGACGGGUUACAAAAACCGGAGAGCUCGGAAGAGCUGCCAUUGCCGCCUGGAUGGUCAGUGGAUUAUACACUCAAGGGCAGGAAGUAUUAUGUUGAUCACAACACGAAGACGACGCAUUGGUCGCAUCCGCUGGAGAGGGAAGGAUUGCCAACUGGGUGGCAAUGCAUACAUUCACCGCAUUAUGGUGUUUAUUAUUUCAAUCACAUUACGAGGACUGCUCAGUAUGAACAUCCAUGUUUGGUGCCUUGUUUCAACUACCAGGCGGAUGUGAGGUACUUAAGUCCGCCGGGGCAUACACAUUAUCAGCCACACAGUGUCUUAGUACCAGCUAAUCCGUAUUUAUUGGAGGAAAUUCCGCCGUGGUUGAAAAUUUACUUUCAAGCGCGUGUGGAGUUAGAUCACAAAUUGCGUUGGGACAUGUUCCAAUUAACAGAUCUGGAUUGUUUCAACGCGAUGUUAACAAGACUCUACAAGCAGGAGUUGCAAAUGAUUGUUAUGAGAUAUGAAAGUUACAGGUCAGCAUUAUUUGUUGAAAUGGAAAAGUGUAAGAUGCAACGAAAAGAUUCGAGGGCUGUGACCGGACAUCAUUGAGUAUUUUUUACGCGAAUAUUAUCAUUUUUUUAAAACAUACGAUUUUAUCAUUGCAAAGUUUUGUUCCUAUUUUAUCGAUUUAUCAAACAUUGCCACCGCGCCGACAACAUUUUGAUAAUAUGUUGUGUAUAUUUUACAACUGUGCUACAUUUAUUUAGCUAAUAAUUUAACAUUUUCAUCAAUUACUUUGUAAGUUCUUGAGUGACAGUAUUUUCGGGUUUUGUGAUUACAGACUUGAUAGCUACUUUCUUUACAUCAUCAAAUUCAUUGUUCACUUCGUAUCUCUCCACAUGUGUGCCUGAAAUUUUGAACACUGUUGCUUGCUUUAUGCCUAGUGAUUUAGUCCAUUGUUGAGCUGUAAAAAUAUUGAAUUAUUGCAAAUGUUUACCUUAUGUAUUAUAGAAUUAAUUUUUAAAUAA